UUAUAUUUUUAAACUCUAUAAAAACUCACCUUAGCAACCAUAAACUCCCAAUAAUUUCCAAAGCAAACCCCUCUCUCAUGUCCCUUUCUAUAAUAACCCUAAAACCUCCUGUUUUCUCUUCACAGCCACACAAAAAUUGAUCUCUCAUUUCAAACAUCCUACAUAUUUUUUUCUUACUUUAAAUACAUUUAACUCUCCAAAUCUUCUAUAUCUUCAUCUUCAUCAUUUUCCUUUGAUAUACACCUUCUAUUAGUACUCAUCAUGUCCAUUACUACUGAAAAAAUGUCUAAGAAAAUUAUCCAAUGUAGGAAUAAUUCAGGAGAGAUUGAUGUUUUUGAGGCUGCAAAGUAUUUCUCUACAACAAAUGAAGAUUAUUACAACAUCAACAACAACAACAACAAGCAAAAUUUGAGAGGUGGAAGAAUGAGUUUUGAUAUGCCUAUGUUGAGAAAUUCUUCAUCACUUGUUGUUCCUUCACAAACAACAACUUAUCAACAUCAUCAUCAUCAUCAUAUUAUGGAUCAUCAAAAACCAAGUAUGUUCAAUAAAAAAGAUCAAAAGAAGUACAAGCAACCAAGUUCACCAGGAGGAAGACUUGCUAGUUUCUUGAAUUCACUCUUCAACCAAACAUCAUCCAAGAAAAAGAAAUCAUUGAAAGAUAAUAUUCAAGAAGAUGAUCAAAGCCCAAGUGGAAGAAGGAAAAGAAGAAGUAGUAUUAGUCACUUUAGCUUUAGAAGCUCAAGUAAUAUUACUACUACUAAUAAUACUAUUAAUAGUACUACUACUACUACUUCUAAUAGUACUAGUAGUGAUUCAAAAUCAUCAUCAAAUAGUGGAUUUAGAACUCCACCUCCUUAUGCUCCAACUCCAACAAAAUCCUACAAAGAUUUCAAAAGCUUUGCAUAUGGUGAUCAUCAUCAACCAAAGAAAUGCAGCAUCACUAGUGAUUAUUCUUUGUUGGAUGAGAAGUUAAAGUUGAACAAAAAUAAUCAUGGAGUUUAUAAAAAGAGUAACAACACAAACAAUGGAUUGGUAUUAUCAUCAUCAGAGAAGAGCAAGACAUAUAACAAAGUUGUUGGUGUUGAUGUUGAUGAUGAUGAAGAUGUUGAUGGAGAUAGUGAUUCAAGUUCUGAUUUGUUUGAUUUGCCAAAUAUUGACUUGGAUUACUACUCAUCAAGUGGUUUGCCAGUUUAUGAGACUACACACUUGGAUAACAUCAAGAGGGGUGCACCAAUUUCAAGCGGCGCAAUUUGAAAGGGAGUCUUGAUGCAACGAUAAAAACCUACUCAAGAAGUUAGGUCACAAAAUUAAAUCAAGAUAAGCGCAUACAAUAGUUUGAAUGUGGUCUGAUCUAUCUCCAAAACUCGUGCAUAUCAGAAAUUUAGUGCAUCAGAUUUUUUAUUUUUUUUUGCUUUUAUUAAUUUCCACCACAAAAUAGUCAUAUUGAGGUUUUUUUUUUGUGGUUGAUGUUUAGAGCAUGAAAAAGAAAGUCUUGAUUUUCUUGUCAGGAUAUGGCCAUAGAUUUUCCUUUUUUCUUUUUUUGUGAUUCUUUAGAAGAUUUUGCAAAACUUUUUACUGUGUGUACAGUUUGAAAUGACUUCUUUGCCUUGACUUUUAUUGCUUUACUUUUGAAGCUAUUGAUUAUUGGAAUAUGGGAAUGUAAGCACAUCAUGUGUCCACCACUAUAACAACUGUGAUAUAAUUAUGCAUGAUUAUUAUUAUUUA